AUGGCCGCGGCAGCUCUGAAGCGACUUUGGUUGCGACGCCGCGGAGAGUCAGGGGGCGCGGCAGCCGCAAAGCCAGCCGUGUGGACGAGGUUGGGCACCUGGGCCCGCGCGCUGCUCCGGGACUACGCGGACGCCUGCAGGGACGCGGCGGCAGCGGCGAGGGCUCGGCCAGGCCGGGCGGCCGUUUACUUGGGGUUGUUGGGCGGUGCGGCGGCCUGCUGCGCCCUGACACCGAGCGAGGCGGCCUUCGAGGAGGCCCUGCUCGACGCGUCGGGGACCCUCCUCCUGCUGGCGCCGGCCACGCGGAACCGCGCCGCGGAGGCGUACGUCCAGCAGCUGCUCUGGCUGCGGGGCCGCGGACGCCUGCGCCACGUGAGCCUGGGCCUCUGCUCGCUGGUGUAUGAGGCGCCCCACGACGCCCAGGCCAGCCUUUACCAGGUCCGCUGCCGCCACCUGCAGCCCCGUUGGGUCGAGUUCCCGGGCCGGGUUCUGGACGUGGGCUUCGUGGGCCGCUGGUGGGUGCUGGGUGCUCGGAUGCGCGACUGCGACAUCAACGACGACGAGUUCCUCCACCUGCCGGCUCAUCUGCGCGUCGUCGGGCCCCACCAGCUGCACUCGGAGAUCAACGAGCGGCUCUUCGAUGAGAAGUACCAGCCGGUCGUGCUCACGGACGACCAGGUGGACCAGGCUCUCUGGGAGGAGCAGGUCUUGCAGAAGCAGAAGAAGGACAGGUUGGCCCUGAGCCAGGCCGACUCGCUAGUGGGGAGGGUCCGAGAUGAAACCCAGUGA